GGGCGCCUUCUUUCUGGGGUCGGCAGUGUGCUGGGACUGUGUUUCGGGGCUGUGCCUGUGGUCAGCAAGGUGCUGGGGCUGUGUUGUCUGCCUGUGGUGUGACAGGAGGCGGUGGCUCGGCUGAAGAAUGAGCUGGGUUGAAGGGGCUUUUAUUUCCGCCCAGAACGCUGCAUGUAAGCAGUGUGCAAAGCCAUCAGGCCGUGCAGUAAUGCUGAACCAGGAAGCUGGGGUGAAGGGGGUGCGAGCCAAGCACGGCUGGUUGUGUACAACGAGGGGAGGCAGCAGCCCAGUGAUGAAGCGUAUGGGCCCUCCUUGAGGCUUCGGCUUGCACCACCCUAAGUCAGAAGCAGAGUUGGCAAAGGCUGAGAACAGGACACUGUGGGCUCUGCUCGGUCUGAAAGUUAACAUUUUGUGGUUUGGAGGCAUAGAAAUUCCUUCCGCUCUUGGCAGUAUCAGCUUUUGAGCAUGGGUCUAAAGCCAGUACUCAGUUCAAUGACCUGUGUCCCUCUGAGCACCCUGCAGAGAGCAGCUUUGGCACUGUUGUAGGGGCAUGGAGUUGUGCAGUGGCACAGGUGUUGCAGAACACAAGAGACAAUUGCAACUGCUACGUGGGAGUCGAUCUUCGAAAACAUUCAAACCCAAGAAGAAUAUUCCUGAAGGCUCCCAUCAGUAUGAACUCUUGAAACAUGCAGAAGCCACCCUGGGGAGUGGUAACCUUAGGCAAGCAGUUAUGCUGCCAGAGGGAGAGGACCUUAAUGAGUGGAUCGCAGUUAACACGGUGGAUUUCUUCAACCAAAUCAAUAUGCUCUAUGGGACCAUCACAGAGUUUUGCACAGAGGCCAGCUGUCCGGUCAUGUCUGCUGGACCAAGAUAUGAGUACCAUUGGGCAGACGGCACCAACAUAAAGAAGCCAAUUAAGUGCUCAGCUCCAAAGUACAUUGAUUACUUGAUGACAUGGGUUCAGGACCAGCUGGAUGACGAAACCCUCUUCCCUUCAAAGAUUGGCGUCCCUUUUCCCAAGAACUUCAUGUCAGUGGCCAAGACCAUCCUGAAACGGCUAUUCCGCGUGUACGCCCACAUUUACCACCAGCACUUUGAUUCUGUCAUGCGGCUGCAGGAGGAGGCCCACCUCAACACCUCUUUCAAGCACUUUAUCUUCUUUGUGCAGGAAUUUAACUUGAUCGACAGGCGGGAGUUGGCUCCACUGCAGGAACUGAUUGAGAAGCUAGGCUCCAAAGACAGAUAAACUUUCCCCAGGAGGACCCCAUUCAGUUUCUGGUUGUGGCUGUUCCUUUCUGCUUUGUACACCAGCCGUUCUCCCUUUCCCCUUCACCAGUGCAAGCCUCAAGAAGCUGGAUGAUGUGCUGGCUGGCAUCGCCUCACCUCAGUCUUGCAGGCCUUUGGCAAAACAGUGCUUGUACUGCACAGUGGCAGCCUGCAUUGCUUUAUAACUGGUGGCUGAGCUGUGGUGACUAGUGCUGCUUCGUAUGUUUUUUUCUAAGCUAUGUACUCAAGUCUGGCAAGAAUUGCAGUCUGGGGCUGACACAGAGCUUGUAGCAGGUUGCUUUGUUUCCCACAGGCAUGGGUGAAGUUCCAAAGUGCCACACUGCUGUUUUCAGUGCUGGAGCAAUUUCACUCUGGAUCCCAUGGAUACAGAACCUGGCCUACAAGCAGCCAGCCUGGGCGCUAUAACCAGCACAUGCUUCCCUUGGGAAAGAGCAGCAGUGGCACACCUUAUUUUUGGAAGUGCUUUUUUUGGAUUUAGAUGCACUUUGGCCAAGAGCCUUAAGCUCCGCCCAUGGCAGCAUUGGGGGGAGGAGGAAAAAAGUGCCUGUCAAGGGGAGCCUCUCCCCUUGGUGU